CUGAUACAUCUGCUAUGCCUACAAUAGGUACCUAAUGUACCCAGAACCACACUUAAAGCCAAGCGCUCUUCUCAAACCUUAAAACAACACACAAAAUCUCUCCUUCCGUACCACGAUCACGUGGUCACCCCUCACCCAUCGCGUCUCCCACACGCGCAUCCCCAAUUCCGACGCAUCUCAGCCCUCACCCCGACGACGCGAAGAUGUCCAGCUCCAGCGACGCGCCCACGAUAAUCGAGCUUAAGCUCUCCUUCCUGCGGGGGCAGAUCCUACUGCUCUCACAGCGGCUGCGACCGUCAGGAACCUCUUUGCGGCGCGCGAGCGAUGACGAGGUGGAGCUGCGGCAGAAGGCGAUCGAUGAUGCGCUGCAGAAGCUGGACGGGUUGCUGAGACGGCAUAAUCGCCUGAGUUAUGGACCGCAGGCGCAGAGACAUGUCGCAGAGCAGAUUGACAGGCUGUAUUGGGAAGCGGGGGAGAGGGGGGGUGGAUGGCAAGGGGGAAUGGGCGAGGAGUGGGCGGAAAGGGGGGCGGAUUUGCGGAAGGAAACCCUGAUAGAGAAAUUACCAGAGGAAUGGAGUGAGGAAGCGGAGACCAAAGCCCCCGCCGAAGCAGCGAGAUACAAAGAACUACAGCGGAAGCUGGUGGAGUUGAAUGAGAAGCGACGGGCGGCGAGGGAGAAGCUGGAGCGGUAUAGGGCGAUGAAGAAGCUGCUUGAGCCGUUUGAGGCCGAUGCGGGGGUGCAGGGCAAUCUGGUGACGCGCAAUGGGGAGAUGGAGAAGGAGUUGGAGAGGAUGAGGAUGUUGAUGUUGAGGGUGGAGAGGGGAAUUAUGGGGUUGGAGAAGCGAGGGGAGGGGGAGGGGGAGGAAAUGGAUAUCGAUGUUGAUGUAGACGAGCAGGGGAAGGUGCUGGCUCUGCUUGGUGGUAGGUAGGGAUGUGUUUGAGGAGGGUUGACUUCUAUAUAUCCGCAUUCACACGAGAGAGGUAUAUCUCCCCUCGCGCCACGGAUCUAACAAGAGCGCUUGAUGGGCUUCAAACCUAGUAAUGGGAUGACUACCUAGGAGAAGGCAGAUCCAAGCAAGAACCCAUACAGAACUCAGACUUCCGAACGUCGGAUGGCGCGGUUUGGUUUAGAUGGAGCACUCGGUUCACGCUUGUAGAGUCUAGAGAAGAUUGCAGUGACGAAGACCACUCAGCAUUCAAGAGAGACGAACCACCGUUACCUUAGAAACGCAUCAAGGCUUUGCUUUUGAUACACAAUGAAAUAAACAAAAAUACCAAUG